AUGGGUUUGGACGACGACGUCGCUGUCGGUCGCGAUGACCUGAUUGUUGACGGCGAGGGUGAGGUUGGUGAGGUUGACCGAAGUGACACCGAGUCGAAAGAGGAUGCAGCUUUGCUGCGAACAAUGGGCUACAAGCCGGUCCUGCACCGGACAUACACCUUAGUCGAGAACUUCGCAACGACCUUUGCGGCGCUCUACUUCGUCGGUGGUGUGCGCGUCACCUACAGCACCGGUAUCGCUGCUGGGGGCAAUCUCGCCUACUGGACGAGUUACCUAGUCACCAUGGUCUUCACAUUCAUCACGGCUGCCGUCAUCGCAGAGGUGUGCUCGGCCUCUCCGUCAGCGGGCUCGAUCUAUCUCUGGGCGGCCGAGGCUGGUGGUCCUCGAUUUGGUCGGCUUCUGGGAUUUAUUGUUGCGUGGUGGAGUACUACCGCUUGGACGACGUUCUGUGCGAGCAAUACCCAAGCUGCGGCCAACUACAUGCUUUCCGAAUUGACUGUGUUCAAAGUCGACUUUCCUACUGAUACCAGCGAUAUCAAGUUCCGCGCUGUCCAAUGGAUCUGCACCGAGGUGCUGCUCGCCCUCGCUGCGCUGUUGAACUUCCUGCCUCCCCGAUACUUCAAAUGGGUCUUCUGGCUUUCUGCCAUGAUCGUCAUGCUAGACUUCCUGAUGAACGUGAUCUGGCUGCCUAUUGGAGCCCAUGACACCUGGGGAUUCCGCACGGCCCAUGAAGCCUUCAUGACCACCUACAACGCCACCGGCGCCCCCGCGGGCUGGAACUGGUGUCUGUCUUACCUCGCCACCGCGGGUAUCUUGAUUGGAUUCGAUGCGUCGGGCCACGUGGCGGAGGAGACGAAGAAUGCCUCGAUAACUGCUGCGCGGGGCAUCUUCUGGAGUACAGUUGUUAGUGGAUUCGGUGGAUUGGCUACGAUUAUUCUGUUCUUGUUCUGCGCGCCGGACAACAAUACCCUAAUGGAAUUCGGGUCCCCGCAACCGUUCGUGCCUCUCUAUGCCGUGGUUCUAGGCAAGGGCGGCCAUGUCGUGAUGAACGUGGUCUGCAUUCUCGCUCUGUGGCUGGUCAGAAUGAUCCCCUCCCCGUUUCUAGCCACGCUGCUAACAUUAUCCGCAGAACACCGCCAUCGCCAUCAUCGCAGCCUCCCGCCUCGUCUUCGCCGUCGCCCGCGACGGCGUGCUCCCCUCUCGGGCUGGGUCUCCAAAGUGCAUGGGGGCCAGCCGCGCAAUGCAGUCAUUGUUGUCUGGGCCGUUGCGGCUUUUAUCACAUGCACCAUUCUCCCCUCGAAUGUGGCAUUCACGUCGCUCGUCUCCGCAGCCGGCGUGCCUAGCGCCGCCGCCUAUGGACUCAUCUGUCUCGGGCGGCUGGUCUGCACCCCGAAACGGUUCCCCACGCCGCAGUGGAGUUUGGGGAAGUGGAGCAAGCCGUUCCAGUUUAUCGGCGUUUUCUGGAAUGGAUGGGUGGUGGCUGUGUUGUUCUCGCCAUAUGAGUUCCCUGUGACGGGGCAGACCCUGAACUAUGCCCCGAUUAUCAUGGCUGGGGUAACUAUCCUCGCGCUGGUCUCGUACUUCGUGAUGCCGGAGGAUGCGUGGCUCCCGCGCGACCGGAUCGCGCACUUUGUUGAUAGCAAGGGUGCAGCGGAGACGGUGGAGGAGGUGGGAGAGCAAUGA